AUGAAGUUGAAUAUUUUCGUUAAAUAUAUUAUCCAUCUAUUUUGGAUUUUUUAUGCGGCUGCGGAUCUAUUUGACGGCGAUGAUGACUCCAACUUUGUUCCUAUAACACAGCAACCGUUGGUGUAUUUUCCACAGCCACGAAUUGUUGGGGGAAAAAAUGCCAAGGAAAAUCAAUUUCCGUAUCAAAUUUCACUACGAUAUUAUAAUCAGCAUAUUUGUGGAGGAUCUAUUAUAUCGAAAAAUUAUGUAGUAACUGCCGCGCAUUGUGUUACCACAGUUUCUGGGAGUACAAUUAAGAAGACACCAGUUUCCAUUAUAACAAUACGAGCGGGUAGUAGGGAAGUAGACUCUGGUGGUGUAACAGUUGGAGUAUCUCAAGUUAAUGUGCAUCCUAAUUAUAGAAAUUUUAACAAUGAUAUUGCAGUCGUGAAAUUAUCAAAACCUUUGGAAUUAAAUGGAAGCAUACAACCUAUUGCCUUGGCCACAAAAAGUCUAAAACCGGGUGUCAAAGUGGUGACAACUGGUUGGGGUCGCUUACGAACAGGAGGCGAUACACCACAGAUUCUUCAAUUUAAUACCUUAAUUUCAAUUAGUAAUGCUGAAUGUAAACGUCGUAUUGGAAAUGUGGCUACAUCCACAUUGUGUUUAAGUCAUACUGUCGGCAAUGGUGUUUGCAAUGGUGACUCGGGUGGUCCAGCGGUAUAUAAAAACCAAUUAGUAGGUGUUACAAAUUUCGUUGUUGGUGGAUGUGGCUCUAAUGCUCCUGAUGGUUACGCAAGUGUAGCUUUUUACUCGAGUUGGAUUCGAAGCAAUACUGAUUUAAAAUAAAAAUAUAUUUUAUAGAUUAAGCAGCAAUGGUUAAAUAAAAAAUGCUUAAAUUA